UUCGGUAUUAAAACUUUGAGUUCUUUUGAAAUAUCUUCAUUAAACCUGAUGACAUCUAACAACCGGAUCAUCACCAGUUUUCUGUAGAUGGACUAAACACUAACAAAUACUUGAAUGUUUUUCACUGAAAAGGUGGUACAAUUCUACCUUUAAUAUUGAUGUCUUCUAAGAAAUCGAAGGUAAAGAAAAUAAACGUCAGCAAAAUGAGAAUAAGAACAAACAGUAGCAAUAAGCCGCCCUCACCGGUUGUGGAUAAAGUAAAUCCAAUACCAGCAAUAGCUUUUGCUUCAAAAUCGAAAAAUAAAUUCAGAGCAAUGCUGGAAGAGCAAAUUGAAAAGGACAGAAGUUUAACAGUGAAGGAAAGAUUUGACAUAUUUAUAUCAGAAACGAGUUUUACCGCUUUGACAAAAAUUUGCAAAGCUGGUAAUAUUUUCAAACAAAUAAUCUGGCUGAUAUUAGUGUUAGCAAUGUUAUCCUGGCUAUGUAUCCAGUGUUAUUGGUUGUUUGAAAAGUACUUAAGUUAUCCUUACGAGGUUAAAAUAGAACUAAAAUCUAUUCAGAAGAUGGAGUUUCCAAGUGUUACAGUUUGUAACAGAAACCCAAUCAGACAAAGUAAAUUCAAAAGUUCUCCUUUUGACGCAAAGCCAUACAAAGGACUGUUUGAAGUAUGGCAGAAUUCGCCCUUGUAUGAUAAAGCUGUAAAUAUGAUGCAAAACCAAACGAAAGAAAAGUAUGAUAGCGAUGGGGGAUCAAGCGAAGAAGAUACUUAUUUUAUGUCAAAGAUGAAGAAUAAUAGCAUAAAUGUGUGGUCUGCUCUUUCUGACCCAGUUACAGCAGCGGCUUUUUAUAAAACGGAGGAUCAGGAAAUGGUUGCUACAUUUGGUUAUGCCACAAUUGCUUCCGAGAUUGAUCAAUCUGAACUUAAAUCAUACGGUCAUCAAAUAGAGGACUUUCUAGUAUCCUGCAGGUUUCGAGGAAUGCCAUGUUCUCCAGAGAAUUUUACCUUUGUACCAAACGUAAAGUAUGGGAAUUGUUUCACGUUUAAUGCAUAUAACAACAGUCAAGAUCCACUGUACAGUACAUACUCGGGGCCAUUAAUGGGACUUUCGCUAGAACUUAACGUGCAACAGUAUGAGUACAUACCGGCUCUUGCUCCAGAUGCAGCAGUUCGAGUUCUAGUUCACACUCGGGGAACCUUUCCAGCUCUAGAAGACGAUGGUUUUUCAAUUCCAGUCGGAUUUAUGACAUCAGUUGGACUAAAAGUGUCAGAAAUUACCCGAUUAACGCCGCCACAUGCAUCAUGUGCAAAAGAAGGGAAAAUUGAAAAUUUGUAUCAAACAAGAUAUGGUGUAAUCUACGAGAAAGCUACUUGUACAAAAACUUGUCAACAAAAUAUUUGGAAAGAAAAAUGUGGAUGUGUUGUUCCUCUAUAUGAAAAACCGGAGAAUUCAUCAGUCUGUGACUGUAUGAAUUAUGAGGAACAGGCAUGUCUUUGGGAACAGAUGGAUCAGAUGCAAGAAUGUGAACUAAUGUGUCCAAAUUCGUGCUUCGAAAAGAAGUUCGAGCCACUGAUAUCCGUGGGAACCUGGCCCAGUAAACAUUACGAGGACUAUCUAGACUACAAAAUUAAACAUUCAAGUUUGGAUUUCAUGGGAGAUGAUGGAAUCGACAGCGAUGAGAACUUAGCAAAAGUGGAAGUUUAUUUCCGUGAAAUGAUGUAUGAGACCAUUGAACAACAGAAAGCUUAUGAGUCACAAAAUUUGAUCUCAGACGUCGGUGGACAGCUGGGACUAUGGCUAGGAUUGUCCGCCGUUACAAUUGGAGAGAUGUUCGAAUUUAUCAUGGCAAUUUUCAAGGCAGUCACAGCAAGGGCAGUACGUCGACGGAACAGAGAAACAGCUGUCGAAGCCCUAGAAGAUUAUAGCCGCAGACUAUCAUUACAAGAUUUCAAGUGAAUUUGAAUAUAUAGAUAGAAAUUACUCUGGAUUCAUUCGUUGGAUAUCAAUUUUCGUGGAUUUCGUGGGUAAUGGUGAACUACGAAUUUGAAUGUUCGACAAAUUACAAAUUUUCAUAGGCUUGUAUGCAGACUUUAGCAUAAUCUCUAAAUCAUAUAUCCACGAAAAUACCAUUUUCGUUCAAUCCAUGAAAAUUAGUACCAACGAAAAUAAAUGAAUCCACAGUAUAUGAAACACUAGAAUAAAAAAAUGGUAGUAUAUUGGAAUAUAAUUUAUAAUCAACUAGAAUAAAUAUUCGCUGCUCAAAUUUCACCUUAACUGUAAUUUUGUAACCUCUAUAGUUUCCCAAGGUUAUACAUUAAAAAUGGUUGUCAGGCAACCCCUUAUUUCUCAAUACCUUUAAUUCUUAAAUACUCUUGUAGUAAAAUAUGUUGUAUUCUUUCUAUUUUUGUUAUAUUUUUAUGCAUUUAAACUUUCAUUUCUGUGUAGGCAUUUCGUAGACAAAUUUUGAUACAUCUCAUUCCACCAAAUUUCUAACUUUAUUAUAUGCCUGUAUUGUCAAGAAAAGUAUUCGUUUCAUAUCUGUCAUAUGUUAUACAUUAUUUAUUGAAUUAGAUGCCAUUCAGGGGUUUUUUUUUGGGAGGAAACAUCCUCAACGUUUUUUGUAAACUGUCACACAUAAAUUUGUACAAUUUUAGAUUUUGGAGAGAAGAUUUACAAUCAAGUUGGAAUUUUGCGAUCCAUGCUUGGUUGUAAUUGAUCAAAAUAUGCUUCGGGCUAUGUUUGUAAAGUAGGAGUGAAUUAUUUAUAUUACAUUAGAUGAAUUAAAAUAUUUCUUUUCUGAUUAUA